AUGAUAACCAUUACGCAAGUAACAUCUUCUACAAAGGAGAUCGGAAUAAUAGCAAGAUCAACUAAGGAGAGAAAUAGAGUGACAGGGUUAGUGAAACUAGAGCGUUUCUACAACAGUACACGUGGUGGAGCUAGAGUUGCUGUAAAUAUUUCAGUUGCGAACUUUGAGGCAAUUGAAAAUUUAUUUGCACAUACAGUUGAUCUCGGUGGAUCAUAUACAUCCAAACAGAAGAUUGCAAUAGUGGUACCAUACAGGGAUAGAGAAGAGCACCGUAAGAUAUUCUUACGCCAUAUGCAUCCAUUUCUACAAAGACCAGAAUUUAAAAUUCAACCGAGCAGUACUACUGAACAUAGGGUUUGUCACAAUUACACGUGCUUUGUUUUCCACGAUGUCGACCUGCUUCCAGAAUAUGACAGGAUUCCUUAUUCGUGCGCAAAUAUGCCCCAGCAUUUGUCUGUGGCCGUUGAUAAAUUUCAUUACAGGUUGCCAUAUGAAAGUAUAUUUGGCGGAGCAUGUUCCAUACGGACUGAGCAUUUUCGGAAAGUAAAUGGAUUGUCCAACAUGUUUUUUUUUGGAUGGGGUGGAGAAGACGACGACUUUAGUAAAAGGGUAGAAUUGAGUGGUCUUAGAAUUGUGCGACCAUCGAUUGCUGUCGCUAGGUACAAGAUGAUUAAACACACGGAAGAUUCGAAUAAAAAUCCAGAACGGUAA